AUGAGCAACUCAAUCAACAUCGAUCUCAGAGGUCUAACCCCUGCCCCCGUCACGCCCUUCACUGAGGAUGGAAGAGUCGACUAUGAUGCUAUCCAACGUCUUGGUUCUUGGCUUGGAAGUAUCGAGGGCGUCAAAGGUCUCGUAGUUCUGGGCCAUGCUGGAGAAGGCACUUUCUUAACUCAGGAUGAACAAGAAGAAGUCAUCAGAGCCUUUGUUCGAUCCGUGAAUGACAGAAUCCCCAUCAUCGCUGGCAUCACAGGCGAAGGCACCGAAGUUGCUGCACUCGAGGCCAAGCGUGCCAAAGCUGCUGGUGCAAAGGCUGGCCUCCUCUAUCCUUCUCACGGAUGGCUGCGAUUCGGUUACCAAGAUGGCGCUCCCCAAGAUCGUUACAAGGUUGUUUAUGAGACUAGCGGACUUCCUCUCAUCCUGUUCCAAUACCCCGAUAACACAAAAGCGACCUACAGUCUGCAAACCAUGCUUGACAUCUCAGCCCAGCCUGGUGUGUUUGCCAUGAAGAACGGUGUCCGCAACAUGCGUCGCUGGGAUGUUGAGAUCCCCAUCAUCCACAAGCAGCGCCCCGACCUCCAGAUUUUGACUUGUCACGAUGAAUACCUCCUUCACACCGCCUUCGACAUCGACGGCUUCCUUGUCGGUUAUGGCAAUAUCGCCCCUGAGCUCUUGAUCCAGAUGAUCGAGGCUGGCAAGGCCAAGGACUACGCUAGAGCUAGACAACUACAUGACCAGCUUCUACCCCUUACCAGAGCAGUUUAUCACCGUGGAAGUCACAUGGAGGGAACAGUGGCCUUGAAGCACGCUCUUGUCGCAAGAGGUAUCUUGAAUCACGCCACUGUACGCUCGCCGCUCAGGCCUCUGGCCGAGGGUGCAGACAAGGAGAUCCAUGCUGCUGUUCAGUUCGCGGAUCUGCCGAAGAUCAAUGUCAACAAGCUUCAAGCGAACGGAAGCAAUGGUGUGAAUGGACACAAUGGCACUAAUGGAUUUCAUUGA